AUGUCAACAUCUUGGGCAGGCGCUGACUAUGUUGCGCGCAGGUUUGAAAAGUCACUUUACGACCUCAUCCGGGGGCUACGGAACCACAAGGGCAAUGAGAAGGAGUAUAUCCAGAAGAGCCUCAAGGAGUGCCGCGCCGAAGUUCGCAGCCAGGAUAUGGAUCUUAAGGCGACGGCGCUUCUGAAGCUCAUCUACUUGGAAAUGGUUGGUCAUGACAUGUCGUGGGCGUCGUUUCAUGUGCUUGAGGUCAUGUCGUCGCCCAAGUAUCACCAAAAGCGAGUGGGAUAUCUGGGAGCUGUCCAGAGUUUUAGGCCCGACACCGAGGUUCUGAUGCUGGCUACUAAUCUGCUGAAGAAGGACCUUGGCACGACGACACCAACAGUUAUAUCUCUCCCCAUCGCGACUCUUCCCCAUGUCAUUACUCCCUCCUUGGCUCUCUCAACACUGCAAGACUUGCUACCGCGACUGAGCCAUAGCCAUUCGAAUAUUCGAAAGAAAACGUUGGUGACACUUUAUCGUCUCGCUUUGGUAUACCCCGAAGCUCUUCGAGCGGCAUGGCCCAAGAUCAAGGAGCGACUCAUGGACCCUAAUGAGGACCCUAGUGUCACGGCAGCCAUCGUCAAUGUUGUCUGCGAGCUUGGUUGGCGAAGACCGAAUGACUUCCUACCCUUGGCUCCUCGGCUCUUCGAGCUUUUAGUUGAUGGUGGUAAUAACUGGAUGGCCAUCAAACUCAUCAAACUCUUCGCUACUUUAACGCCCUUAGAACCGCGACUUGUGAGGAAGCUAUUGCCUCCUUUGACCAAUAUCAUUAGGACGACACCCGCCAUGUCUCUACUGUACGAGUGUAUCAAUGGAAUCAUUCAAGGUGGUAUUCUAGGGAACUCUGAUGAUUCUGGCACUGAUGAGAUCGCUACACUGUGUGUCAACAAAUUGCGAGGCAUGAUCAUGAUAGAUGGCGACCCCAACCUCAAAUAUGUUGCUCUACUAGCGUUCAACAAGAUUGUUACGACACAUCCUUAUCUAGUAUCUCAGCAGGAGGAUGUGAUUCUGGAGUGUAUUGACAGUCCCGACAUCACUAUCCGAAUCCAGGCUCUUGACCUGGUACAGGGUAUGGUGACUGGCGAUAACUUGAUGUCCAUCGUCAGCCGCCUCAUGAAGCAGCUCAAGUUAUCUAUGCCCAGCCGGGACAAGUCUCAACCGGGGACUCCCCCUAACGAUUUUAAUGAAUCCGAGGAUGAGUUCGCAGAGCCAAUCCCGAAGCCCAAGACUGAAUCAAUUCCUUUGCCCGACGACUAUCGAAUCGACGUCAUUGGAAGGAUUCUUGGCAUGUGCUCAAAGGAUAACUAUUCAAGCGUUUUGGAUUUUGACUGGUACAUCGACGUUCUUACACAACUUGUCCGUAUGGCACCGGCACCUCGCAAGGUUGACGAUGAUUCAGGCCCGACGGAUAAGGCAAGGGCUAAUGUCUCGGAGAAAAUUGGCGAUGAGCUACGAAACGUUGCCGUCAAGGUGCGAGUGAUGAGGUCGACAGCUGUGAGAGCAGCAGAGAUCAUUCUCGGCCAGCUCAAUGCCGAUACGCCACCAGGAUAUAGCAUUACCUCGGGUGCGCUAAAAUCAGUAGCCUGGAUAAUGGGCGAAUAUGCCUCUCAACUAGCUGUUACAGACGAAGGUCUAAAUGGCUUGUUGCAACUUAUUCCUCGGACAAACAACCCUGAAGUUUUAACGACAACUCUGCAGGCUGUCACCAAGGUUUUUGCGACUAUAGUUGGAGAUGUGAGUGAGCCAUGGACAGCGGAAAGGAAGUCAAGGAUAUCACUGCUCAUGGCACGCAUCAUCCAUGCCUUUGAGCCCCUGGCGUUGCACCCUAGUCUUGAGGUUCAAGAGCGAGCGGUCGAGUUCACAGAGCUACUAAAGCUCACAGCCGAGGCUGCUUCGUCUCAACCAGCCUCGACAGAUGAAGUUGACCAAGACCCGCCGUUACUUCUAACCCAAGCUAUCCCAUCCUUGUUCAAUGGCUGGGAACUUAACUCGGUGUCCAAGGAUGCUCAAUUAAACGUUCCAGUGCCGUUGGGACUGGAUCUGGAUGAACCAAUUCAUGCAAACUUGGCCAAGUUGUUAUCGGAAGUCGACUCCAUAACAUUAACUACCGAUGAGUCGGACGAAUUCGAGACAUACUACCACCAAAGGCCCCCGCCUACCAGCAUUGAGUCAUCUGCGCCGGCCAUUAGUAGGAUAGCCGAACCCAAAGAGGAUUACGUGAGCUCCUAUCAACAAGCCGACGAGGAGACUUAUCUAGACGCGGAUAUCGUUGCCCGGAGAAAGGCAGAACGUGUUGAGCGUAACAGAGAUGAUCCCUUUUAUAUCCCCAGUAACGAGACUCCCCGCACGUCGACUCCUAUCCAUAACAUCCUUCAGAGCAGCAACGGCCCCGACUUGGACAUAGACUCUAUACCUAUCAUGCAAUUGGAUCUAUCAAGAGCCGGGACUCCUGCUACACAGCCUCCGCGACCGCAGCCGAAACCAAGACAAAAGGUUGUCAUCGCAGCCGAUGAAACCCUCGAAGGAAGCGCAAGUGGAGGCCUUCGAUCUUAUGACUCGGAAAACAAUUCAGACAGCCUUUCCAAGUCCAAGGCGCCCAGGACCAAGAUAAAGCAGGGCUUACUCGGUGUGGACUCAAGCGGCAUUGGAUCUUUCAGUUUGGAGGGACAACCAUCAACUGGCCUCGACUACGAGCAGCAGCAGCGCGAAGAUGCCGAGAUGCAACGAGCUAUGAAGGAAGUCGAACGACUCCGUCUCGAGAUGCAGCGCGCAAACGAACGUAUUGACGUAGCGCAGGGUGUUGACGUCGAAGGUACUGUUGUCAAGAAGAAAAAGAAGAAGCCAAAGAAGGACGCCGGUACCGAAGGAGCAGAGGGUGAAGAAACCAAGCCCAAAAAGAAGAAGAAGAAGACACCUCGUGCUGUGACCCUAGACGAAGGUGGGGAUGACAGUAGUGCUCGCGGCGUCGAAUCACCCGCAUCUGGAGGCGAUGUGGCUGUGACCAAAAAGAAGAAGAAGAAGAAGGCCCCGCGAGCUGCUGAGAUUCAAGAUGAGUAG